AUGCAGAAGCCCGCCCUAGUUGCUCGUAUGAAGAGAGAAGUACAGAUCUUCCAGCAAUCACCACCACAUGGUAUAUCAUGUUGGACAAAAGGCAACCAUCUCACUGAGCUGGAAGCAAAUAUUAUUGGCGGUGAGGGUACACCCUACGAGGGUGGGAUCUUUAAGCUAGAAGUUAAUAUCUCAGACAGAUAUCCAUUUGAGCCUCCGAAAGUCAAGUUCGUAACUCCAAUCUACCAUCCAAACAUCGACAACGGCGGAAGAAUCUGCCUGGAUAGUCUCAAGAUGCCGCCAAAGGGUGCGUGGAAACCUUCACUCAAUAUCUCCACCAUACUGACCCAGAUCCAGCAACUGAUGGCUGAGCCGAAUCCUGAUGAUCCGCUCAUGGCAGACAUUUCCAAUGAAUUCUGCUACAACAAGCCACUCUUUCUGAAAACAGCUGCAGAAUGGACGAAAAAGCAUGCGUCACAGAAGGACGACAAAGAAAAUGAGACAAAGCCAUCACCUAAAGAAACACCAAUUGAUACGAGUAUUGUUUCUGAGGGAAAGAGAUCAUUUGGCUGUUCAUCUCAAGAAAGCACUGCAGGUAAGAAGAUGAGGACUUGAGGAAUGUGCGGCUUCGGAUCAGAUUUAGAAAGAGACGUGAAUGUGUACGUGCCAUUUGUAUAGGAAGACACUCUGUUGGAUAGGUACUCGUGUAUGCAGUGACACUGUUGUGGAUGGCACACAUAAGGCACACAUAAGGAGUGAAACUCACUGAUUCAGGUUAGUACACGUAUGGAUUGAUACACUUGUGGAUUAGUAAAUGUGAAAGGGAUGAGACUUUCGUGGAUUAGUACACGUGUGAGGAAUGAGACGCUUGUGUACUAGUACACAUGUAAGGAAUGAGACUUUCGUUGACUGAUACUUGUGUAAGGAAUGCGACUUAAAAGGAUAAAGACACGUGUAAGGAAUGAGGCUGUUGCGGAUGGAUAUACAUGAAAGGAUUGAGACUUUUGCGGAUUGAUAUACAUGUACAUGAAAUGAAUGAGACUUUUAUGAAUUGUAGACAACAGUAUGCAACAUUACUCAACACAUUGGCGGAUACAAUAAGGAGUUCGAGUAGACUUGUGCGUGUCAAUUAGUACAUAUGUACAGAGUCAGACAAUUGUGGAUCAGUACAUAUGGGUGCAAUGAGACUUGUGUAGAUUAGUGCACAUAAAAAUGAAUGAUUGUCAACUGCAUGUACGGCUUAGCACACAUAUAGCUAUUAGGAAUAAGACCUGUAGA